AAAUAAUCCCUAAUCACAUUCGACGCGCACACGGCACACCCCGUCCUGAAACGAACGUGCCACCACCUUCUCUCCCCGCCUUCCCCGCCCUUCACUUAAAAAAAAAAAUUAAUUUUCCUUUUUUUCUUUUUUAUUUUCUCUGCCGAAUUAAAAUACUCUGAGCACACAAAUUUUACUUCCUCGAGAUCUUAUUAUCGGUGAAAAACCCUAACUAGUUUCUCUCUCAUCUCAUCACCACGAUUUUUUCCGACUUUGUUCAGUUUCGAGAUUUUUGGAAAUUGCGAUUUGGAAUUAAACAAUUACAGGUUUUUUGUAAUUUUUUUGUUUUCCGAUGCGGAGGAUUGUCCGUUAACUCGAUUCCGCGGAGAAGUUUGAUGAGGGCAUUUCGUAAAUGCUCGAGGAUUUUGAUCCUCUGCUUGCUCUGCGUCUCUGUUUUUGUUCCCAUUUUUAUACUGUCGUAUAGGCUCAAACAAAUUAAUUCCGAUGUAUCGGAAGACUUCGUUGAAGAGUUAUCCAUCAUUAAACACAGGACAGAAGCUCAAACACUUAGUGCCAUAGAGCAGGAAGAAAGUCGAGGUUUGAAAGAACCUCCCCUGUUGGUGUACAAAGACGAUCCCGCUAAUUCUGCAUUUAAUUUUAGUUCUAGCGAGGAAUCAAGAUUUAGUGAAGUUAGUUUUGCAACUAAUGAUGCUGGCUCGUUGAAAAAUAACGCAACUAGACUUGACAAAAAUGGAGGUGGCCAAAGAAGACGGCAAGAGGAAGAGGUGCCUGUGCCCGUGGCGAAGGAAGAGUCACAUGUAAGCAGGGUACAACAUGAUCAAGUUGUACGAUCCAGGUCGAGGGCAUUGGAUGAGAAGGUAAAAGAGAUGAAAGAUCAGGUGAUUAAGGCCAAAGCGUACUUAAAUUUCACACCAGCAAAUAUCAGUUCUCAUUUCGUAAAAGAGUUGAAACUUCGAAUUAAGGAGGUUGAACGAGCCAUGAGUCAGUCUACCAAAGAUUCUCGUGUAUCUAGGAGUUCCCUGCAGAAGAUGAAAGCAAUGGAGUCUACGUUGUUAAAAGCUAGUCGUAUUUACCCUGAUUGUGCUGCCAUGAUAAAGAAACUUCGUGCUAUGACUUAUAGCGCUGAAGAGCAGGUCCGGUCACACAGGAAUCAAGAAUCUUUUCUUAGAGCACUUGGUGGAAGAACCAUCCCAAAAAGCCUUCACUGCCUAUCUAUGAGAUUGACUGCUGAAUAUUUUGCCUUGGAUCCUGGGGGAAGGGAGCUCCCUUACAAACACAAACUACAAGAUCCUCAUCUUUAUCACUUUGCCAUUUUCUCUGACAAUAUAUUGGCUUGUUCAGUUGUUGUGAACUCAACUAUCUCAACUGCUAAGGAUCCAGCGAAAAUAGUAUUUCAUAUAGUGACGGAUUUCCUCAACCUCCCAGCAAUGUCAAUGUGGUUCUUAUCAAACCCUCCUGGCAAAGCUACAGUUCACGUGGAGAGCAUAGAGAAUUUUCCAUGGUUAAUCACCAAAUAUAAUGAAACUCUGCAGAGGGAAGGUUCUCUCGACCCCCGCUAUAUAUCUCAGCUGAACCACCUUAGGUUUUAUUUGCCAGAUAUUUUUCCUCAUCUCACUAGAAUUGUCCUGUUAGAUCAUGAUAUUGUUGUCCAAAAGGAUUUAACAAAACUUUGGAGCAUUAAUAUGAGAGGCAAAGUAAACGGUGCAGUGCAGACUUGUAAGGAAGGUGAACCCUCGUUCCGACGUAUGGAUAUGUUUGUCAAUUUUACAGACCCCAUAAUAGCAAAUAAAUUUGACCCCAAUACAUGCACAUGGGCCUUUGGGAUGAAUCUCUUUGAUCUUCACGAAUGGAGACGGCGAAAUUUAACCGGGGUCUAUCACAAAUAUCUUCAUUUGGGCAAAAAGAGGCCACUGUGGAAAGCGGGAACCUUGCCGAUUGGUUGGGUCACGUUUUACAAACAAACGGUAGCUUUAGACAAGAGUUGGCAUGUACUAGGGUUAGGAUACGACUCUGGUGUGAGGCAGGAGGACAUAGAACAAGCCUCGGUCAUACAUUUUGAUGGGAUACUUAAACCAUGGUUGGAUAUUGGGAUUGAUAAGCACAAGCCCUUGUGGAGGAAACAUGUCAAAUACGAGCAUCCCUACCUUCAACAAUGCAACGUCCACGAGUAGUUUAAGAAGAAAUUUUUGCCAUAGAUGUAGAAAUCACAUGCGAUCAACUCCAUUCUUUCCUAUUUUUCCACAAUUUUUACAUGUAAAUUUCGAUUUUUCAAAGUUUUUUAAUCUACUAUUAAGAUUUUAGAAGCUGAACCCGUUUCAUAGUAAUAACGGGCCGAAUUCGGUGAAGCCCGUGAGAUGAUGGUUCUUACUUGAACUUGAAAUCAUGUAUAUAGAAUUCAUAUUGAGAUUGCUGAUGUCAUAUGGUUUAAGACUGUUGUAUACGAUGCAUUCCAGGU